GCGUCUUUCUUCGGAAGAGUUCAUCGCCAAUCAGCAUGGAGCGCGACUUUAGCGAUUAGGCUACUUACAGUGGCGGAAUUGCUCAGGCUGCGCCACACGCUCUUUGCUCUUCCAACAUGUUUGCCAGCGUUGUUGCUUUCUAAUCAGCCAUUUUGA